AAAUUGGACCCGGUAGAAGCGUCAACAAGAAAUCUGCCCUAAAAUCCUCGUUUUAAAAAAUUAAAUUAAAUAAGGAAGAGGAAAUUAUGAAUGGAAGAUUUGUGUUUAAUCCCGCCUGGGUUUCUUAAAAUCGCCGAAUCAACCACGAUUUCAAUCGAACGAAGUAAAACCCCCGUUGCAAUCAUACACCUUCUGUGCUCACUCAGCUUGCAGCUGGUAGAACGAUCUUAGGGUUGGUUUUUUUAAUCAAAUUGCUCUGUUCCAUUCCAUGCGUAAUCGAUUCCCUUCCUAUUUCCGGAUUCUGAUUGAUCCGGCGCUUUCCCAAUGUCAACUGCAACAAACCCUUGUUGCCACUCUCUCUUCUUCCGCCAUGCUCCUCCCAAUUCUAGGUUUUCGAUUAGGGUUCAUUUGAAGCCUCUGCUCCCUCGUUUUCCUCUCAAUUCAAGCACCCAUUGCGUCAGUACUCUCUCCCGACGUCGCAGAAAUAAAUGGGAGAUUGUGUGCUUUCGGCGUGAAGAGUCGUCGCAGGAACAUUUCGAGUCCAAGUCUGUGGAAGAUAAAUUGGCAGAAGAACUGGUGCCAACUCCUGAAAUCAAUCAACCGAGUGACCCGAGAAAAGGAUGGGCGUCGAGUUUAUACAAGGCCCUUGAAUCAAUAUUUGUCACAAAGCCUUGGGUGGUUCCAUGGACAGCGAAAACCAUUGUUCAGGUUAUGCUUCUCUGGGUUGCUUCAUUUUGGGUAAUAGGGUCAUGGAUAAUUCCUAUAAUAGCCCAUACAGCAGGAUACAGAAAGGAAUUCAUGACGUACAGAGGGCAAGCCCUAUACAGUCUUCUUACAGAUGUGGUCGAAGGGCUUACCGGGAUGGCGAUUCUGCAUCGCUGCCUCUCAAGAUUCCAUCCCCUUCCACAAGGCUGGUUCAAUUUCCGCUUUGAAGGGAAGUGGCAAUUCGACGUUGGCUUAGGCUGCCUUAUGUUUCCACUCGUAAAUCGUCUUUCACAGGUGAAUCUAAACUUGUUGCCAAUUCUUCCCUCAGCUCCAGUUACCGUCUCAAGCGUCGAGCAAUCAAUCAUUGCUAGGGACCCAGUGGCAAUGGCACUCUAUGCAGUGGUCGUGUCUGUCUGUGCCCCCAUUUGGGAGGAGAUCGUGUUCCGAGGGUUCCUUCUACCAUCGUUGACGAAAUAUAUGCCGGUAUGGUGCUCUAUUUUGGUGAGUUCAGUAGCCUUUGCUUUGGUACAUUUCAAUAUGCAGAGGAUGCUACCUCUGAUACUGCUUGGGGUAGUGAUGGGUACCGUGUAUGCAAGGACUAGGAACCUUCUACCGUCGAUGUUGUUGCAUAGCCUUUGGAAUGCCUUUGUAUUCUUAGAUCUUAUGAAGUAAAUGUUGGUGAUUAGGCUGUAAAUUUUGAUUUCAUAAAAGUUUAUAUUAUGUCUUGCGUGGCCAAAUUGAAACUUCCA